GCAAUGGAGCACCAGAUGUUCAACGACCCGUUCACGAGCAGCAUGUCGUCACUGGAGGCGGAAAUCUUCUCCAGUGGCCAUCACCACCUCGCGCCGUCCCCGCAGUGGCCGGGCCUAGACCUAGACCACGACAUCCCGGCGGCGCCGGCUGCCAACAACGCCACCUCCUCCGGCGGCUCGAGGUCCCACCGAAAGAUGAGCCACAGCGCGUACGAGCGCGACAGCCGCAAGCAGCUCAACGAGCAUUAUUCCAACCUUCGCUCCCUCCUCCCCGACGAUGAUCAUCACACUAGGAAGCUGGGCAAUCCGACCAUUGUGUCGCGGGUGAUCAAGUACAUCCCGGAGCUGCAGAAGGAGGUAGACGGCCUGGAGAAGAAGAAGGAGCAGCUGACGCGAGCCAGCUGCAGGCCGGGAGAUGACACGGCUCCGAUCGUCUCCGCCACCUGCCUCGACGACAGGGAAAUCAUGGUCCAGGUCAGCCUGCUGAACACCAUGGCCGGCGCGCUGCCCAUGUCCAAAUGCAUCAAGGUGCUGGAGAACCAAGGCCUCUGCCUCAUCAGCUCGUCCGCUUCCGCUUUUCAGAACAGGACCUUCUAUAGCCUUCAUCUCCAGAAAACCCAACGAACAAUGAGCAAGGAGUGCUCAACAUUUUGUGACGAGCUGGAGAACGCCGUGAAGCAAAAGGCAGGACUACAUCCACAUUACUAG